GGAGCCAUAAAGAGCUCGCUGUACCUGUCGUGCGCUCACAGGUCGAUCCGGUUCAAGUAGGUCUUCUUUCCCGUCCUCUUCUUUCGUUUCUUCCUCGUCUGCCGGCGCAAAAACCGGAGGAUCCUUCUGAUUGGCUGCAGCGGAGAACGCGCUCCUUCAGCCCACCCACAAGCUCAUAAUCGGGACCUUUACAGUUUCAGUCGGUUUCCUUCCUCGCACUGAGUCUGUCUGGGACCUGGCCCCGGGGCUGAACGCACACACACACACACACACACACAUACACACACACACACAAACAGAGCACAGCGCAUCAUGGCAGCUACUCACAGCGAGUACAGAGGCUACCUGCGGAACACCGUCGACAUGGAGGCCGCGCAGCACCGCUUCCACCCGGUGCAGAGCUCGGAGCCCACGUACCGACCCCUCCUGUUCGGGACCCUCGCUGUUAUGGGAUUGCUUCAGGUGGCUUCCAGCGUGGCGAUCUUAUUGCACCUGACAGGUUAUCUACAAGAGGUAGAUCUGUCCACAGCGCCGCAUCGACCCAUAGAGGAAGUGCAGACGGAGCCGGUGCUAAACGCUCUGAGAGACACGAGGAAGAACCGACGGUGCAAACCUUCCAAGGAGAGCCUGCCGUCAGCUCAUCUACCAAUCAAAACGCACCAGGAGUACUCAAAGAAAGAGGGUGAGAAGAAGGCCAUCACCAUCGACUGGGAAGAAGUGCACGCAUACCGCCACAAAAUGGGCUACCAGAAGGGGAAGCUUUUGGUGAUUGAGUCUGGUUUCUACUACGUCUACGCCAAAACCUGCUUCCGUUACUACACGUUAACACUGGACGACAGCAGCGGCCAGGCGGGCACCCCGCCGGUGGACGUCAGCAACACCCAGCUCAUCCAGUACGUUUUCCACGAGAGCAUCAAACAGAACAGCAAGGCCGUGCUGCUGAUGAAGGCGGGCAGCACCAUGCGCUGGAACAACAUGAGCUAUAACAUGUACUGCGCCCAGCAGGGCCGGGGCGUGCGGCUGGAGGAGGGCGACGCCCUCUACGUCAACGUGUCCAACGCCUGGAUGUUGGACCCGGCGGGAGACGGGACGUAUUUUGGGGCCAUAAAGUUGGGCAACUGAAAGUAAAACAACUGGGGAGCGGACAUGCUACUGAACAUUUAAUAUGCCAAAGAACCACUGAUUUCUAAUUUGUCAAAAUAAGUGUUUUAUUGUAAAUGUGUUUUUAUUUUGUUCUUCACCAAACAGCCUUGGAGUCUUUUUUUAUGAGACGCAUGGAAACAGGAAAUCGCCUUUCACAAACUCUUCAGGCACUUAAACCCCAAAUAUGAGACUCACCGCUCUCAAAUUAAUAGCACUGGACUAUUUUUAGACUUCUUCUAUCUUUGUAACAGACUUUUAUUUUUUAAUACAGUUUGCUGUUUGUUUUGACGCUCGUCAAUACAGUUCAACAGUGACACUUUAAAGCGUAGACAUGUGUUUGUGCACUUCUUAAACAAACCAUAAAGGGAGAAGCCGAGGAAGUAAGGCAGCUGGCAGAAAGAGGCAGUGAGGAAGGAUUUAUCAACGUUGGGGGGGAAGAAGUCGUAAAAGAACACUGUUGCGGACGCAGCAUCUGCUUGUACUUAGCAGAUUAUCAGCGGGGAAUAAAAACAACCAAACUCCCGGGUCUGACAGCAAAUGUUUUCCUGAAAGGUUUUGCAAGUGUGAACAAGGCGUGCAAUGAGGCGUCCUCACGAUAAGUAACUCAACAGUAUGAUUGCAGAUAGGCAGCGAGAUUAGGAUUUAUAGCACCCACAACAUCUCUGAGGCGUCAUUUGAAAACUUAAGACGGCCAUCUUCAUCUUUGUUAGGCAAUGAAACCACUUUGAGAAAACCUUUAGGGGUCCAAAAUGUUCCAUUUCCUGCCUUAAAGGCAGGGUUGGUAAUUUACAAAAACUAGCAUGAUUUUGAAAGCAGCAUUCCCUCAGUGCACCGUCUGCACCCAUCCCCUCCCCUCUGUGCUCCCUCUAAAGCCACGCCCCUCACUUACAUGCACGAGCGCCGUUGCUCCAGAAGUGGACCUCAGCUCAUGUUUUGAGUGUGGGUUCAUGCAUUCGGUAGAGAGCGAGCAGGAAGCCAGGGAGGCUUGUGAUUGGUUCAUCAGAUUGGUACCUCGUGGCAGACAUUGGUCAAAGUUGUUACAGGCUUACAACUGAUACAGAUGACGGAUUUUCUUUCUUUUCAAAAUCUGUGGAUCUGGAGGAAAUUACCAACCCUGUCUUUAAUGAAAGCUCACGAGCGGCGUGCUUCACUGAAGGCGAUUUACUCGACGGUAUCAUUUACGAGUGCACGACAUGUGUUUGUUAUUUUUAUGACAAUCAACAGGCGACGCAGAUAGCUGGACUGUCUGACCACAAACGACACAAAGAGACUCUUUGUCGUCUUUAACCAGAGGAGCCAAAUUGAGUUUGGUUCAUCUUUAACUUAAAUUUUUUUGUUUUCAUUUGGCUCGUCACCGAGGCAAAGGGGAAUAUGCACUAAAAUAUUUAUUUAUUAGCCGAAGAAGUACGGAGUGAGGUCAUCGUUGGAGUGACCUUUUGGCUGUGGAAAUCAUUUAUAUUUUGUGUCUGUAUGACAUUCAUUACGCAGCACUUAGAGGAAAUAGUAGACACGCUUUUUGUUAUUCAAACACAGGGGCUUCAUUUUCAAUUCCAUAUUUAUGUAUCUCCAUUUUGACAAUUCUGUGUGCACUCGCCUAGCCAAAAGCAAUAUGGAUAUAUUGUUCCUUCUAUAAGAUUGUAGCAUACCUGUAAGAUAUUCAUCUGAUAGACCUUUUUUUUUUCCAUUCAGUGUUCUUUUUAUUUAUGCGUCUGUAUGUUUUAAUAAAAAAAAGUACUUUUGUAA